AUGCUCGACGAGACCCAGAAAAUCAACAACCAGCUGGGCGACUCGCGCCCUAUUAUCCUAGACCGGUGGAUGGCCACGCUAAAGGACGAUGAAACUCGUCUGACGCCCUUCAAGUUGCGGUGGUUCAAGAUACGCUCCACAGGAAGCGUUAACAGCCGCCAGAAUCCACCAAAGGAUGUGGUGGCGGCGGUAACACCUGAUCCGGAUCGAGGGUCGGAUAAGCUUAAUGUUCAGGAUCUGAACCGUGUAACGGAAAAGCUGCAAGAUGACUUGGAUCAUGAUCGACUCGACGUUAGCUUCAUGACACUGUAA